AUGAUGUCCGUCGCUCGCAUCAACGCCGCGUUUUGUGUUUUCUGGCUUCUUCUGUUUGUCUUUUCCUCUUUCUUUUCAUAUGAUGACCCUUCUUCAAUCUUUUUCAAUGCCGAGCGAGCCUAUAGACAGCGCUUUUCUACAGUGAGAACUGAAGAGGCAGACGCAUAUAUCCAUAAUCCGCCUGCUAGAGUUACACCAACCCAGCCCGUCGAAAAAUUGCUAUGUAUCGGCAUCCCUAGCAUCAAUCGCACGACCGAGUCGUUCCUCGCUUCGACCGUUUCUACAUUAACCGAUACACUCACGCCAGAGGAGCGCGCAUCAGUUCGCAUUGUUGUGCUGCUUGCCGAUAAAACGCCUGCGAAGCAUUUUGCAUAUGGCCAAGACUGGCUUGAGCCGCUGGUUGAUGAGGUCCUCCUCUAUGGUGAACCACCUGAUGGAAGCUCUGUAUACCGCCGCAUCCCGUUCGACUUGAAAGAAGGAAAUAUUCGUGGCGAUGGCCGUGUGGAGAAUAUGAGGCUCGAUCAUUCGGCGCUCGUGGAGGCAUGCAGAGAGCAAGAGUAUCCGUACUUUGCGCUGGUAGAGGACGAUAUUGUUACACUGCGAGACUGGUUUCCUCGAUUCAAAAAAGGCUUGGCAUACGUCGAACAAGAGACUGAAAAGACUAACAGAGAAUGGAUAUAUCUGCGAUUGUUUUACUCGGAGAUUUUGAUGGGAUGGAACAACGAAGAGUGGCUCUCCUACUCCAAGGUCAUCUUCUUGGUAUACGCCGCCGUGUUAGUCGCAUUUUUGACCGGGAGGAAAUACUAUAUGCGCAAGGGUGCUUCAGCGAGUGUAUCGCCACAUACGCAACGUUAUCUCGGAGCCCUCAUUUUUGGUCUCUGGCUGCCAGCUCUUAUCGCUCUUUACUUUCUCUCCGGCCGUCUGUCUGCUAACAGACUGAAUCCGUUUGGCCUAAGCGAGUUCCAUGGAGCUCGGGAGAUGCCACAUUACGGAUGCUGCGCUCAAGGACUUGUUCUUCCGCAGAGACACUUGGAAGGCUUUCAAGCAUUACUGAGAGACCCGCCAUACGACUUCCCGGGAGAUAUGAUAUUGGAAGGCUACGCAGAAGAUCGUGGAUUGGUAAAGUGGGCGUUGGAGCCGAGCGUGUUUCAACAUGUUGGAUUUAAAGAGUCAUCCGAAGGAAAGCGCCGAACUGAAGUUUGGAACUUUGGAUUUGAACGGCAAUACAAGGUCUAG